GUGCUGAUCUUCCAACGCCAUUCUCCCCUCUCGUUGCUCUAUCGCAGGGUUUGAUAUCUGGUUCUUGAAUUUGGUAUCUGAAGGGUUUGGAGUUGUGGGGAUUUUGGUUUGUGUGGUGGCUGGAAAGUUGGGAUUUUGAGGUUGUGAAAAGUGGUGGUGUGGGGUUCUUGUUUCUUGGAGUGUAGAUGGUCAUGGAUAGGAAUUUUGGAGAUUUUUAUCAAGACACAUUUGGGGGUAAAUCAGGGGAUGAUUCCCUGCAAUUUUUUCUUGAUCAGGAAGCUAUUAGUGGGCUAAGUGUUAAUGAUCCCUACAUUGAUGUGAAUGUGGGAAAAAAUUCAAAAGAUGGAGGUGAAUCGAAUGUUUUGGAUCCGAAUUUGGUGAGCAAUGGGGGAGUUGGUGAGACUGUGGUUGGCCAAAACGAAAUCACCGAGAAUGUGGAUGCUGUAACCCCACCAUCCAUUCCAAAUCCAAAUUCGAAUAAUGGUCUGGGAAUUGGUGGUGGUUCUUUGGAAGAUAGAGGUGAACUUGCCUUUCCACCGCUUCAGUCUAAUCCAGGAUUAGAUGUUGUAGCCCCGUCAAGUGAGGGAGAUGGUCACGAGGAUUAUGAUUUUAGUGAUGUAGUGCUCAAGUAUAUUAGCCAGAUGCUCAUGGAAGAGGAAAUGGGAGAGAAGGCCUGUAUGUUUCAAGAAUCUGCUGCCCUCCAAGCUGCAGAAAAAUCGUUGUAUGAGGUUAUUGGAGAGGAGUACCCACCGAAUUCCCUUGAUCAAAAUGGAAAUUGUGGUGAUGGUAACAAUGGCGAUUCUGGUUUGGUAUAUCCGAAUUGGGAUCCUGAUCCCAGUGAGUCUGAAAAUUCUACUGGACAACAUGCCCCUGUUGGUGUCACUUUGCGGACUAAUUCUCAGUCAUCCUACAGUUCAUCAAGCAGCUCGGGCACUGUAAAUGACGGGCAUUUGGAUUCACCUGUGAGUACACUCAGGAUCCCUGACGUUCAUGUGGAUUCUCCUCUGAGCACACUCAGGAUCCCUGAGAUAUUCAACAGCACUGAAUCGAUUAUGCAGUUUAAAAAAGGGGUUGAGGAAGCGAGUAAGUUCCUUCCUAAUGCCAAUAGCUUUUUUGUUGAUGUUGGUUAUAGUGGGCUCGGGAAGGGGCAGAGCACAGAUGGAAAGGAUAUGGCAGUUAAGGGCAAGAAGAAUAAUGAGAAUCAGCUCUCUCGUGAAGGGUCGAGAAGGAAGAAAAAUCCACAUUAUGAAGAUGAGGAUUUGGAUGAGGGGAGAAGUCACAAGCAAUCAGCAAUCUCUUCUGAAUCAAGCGUUAAAUUAGAAAUGUUUGACAAGGUUUUGCUCUGCAGUGGUGGAAAGAACGAAUCUGCUCUUCGCCAGUCUUGGCAGAAUGUGUCGAGUAAAAACUCAAUGGAUAAUGAUCUUCCAAGAGGAUCCAACGGGAAGAAAUCCCGUGGGAAAAAACAAGGUGGAAAAAGCGAAGUAGUAGACUUGAGAACCCUCUUGACACUUUGUGCACAAGCUGUUGCUGCUGAUGACAGAAGGACCGCCCAUGAGUUUCUGAAGCAGAUUAGGCAACAUUCGAGCCAAACAGGUGAUGGAAUGCAAAGGGUAGCUCAUUAUUUCGCGGAUGGCCUCGAGGCACGAAUGGCAGGGUCCGGGACCCAAAUCUAUAAAGCACUUAUAACCAUGCCUACAUCAGCUGCUGAUGUUCUGAAAGCAUACCAGCUAUAUCUUGCUGCCUGCCCGUUUAGGAAGAUCUCUAACUUCUUCUCGAAUAAGACAAUUAUGAAUGUAGCUAAAGAUGCUACAUCAGUUCACAUAAUUGAUUUCGGUAUACUUUAUGGAUUUCAAUGGCCUUGCUUCAUACAACGCCUCUCGUGUAGACCUGGUGGACCCCCCAAGCUUCGUAUAACCGGGAUUGAUUUCCCACAGCCUGGUUUCCGGCCUGCAGAGAGGGUUGAGGAAACUGGGCGACGUUUAGCCAAUUAUGCUGAAAGGUUCAAUGUUCCGUUUGAGUUCAAUGCCAUUGCCCAGAAAUGGGAAACAGUUAAAAUCGAGGAUCUUGGGAUCAACGGGGACGAGGUACUUGUGGUGAACUGUCUAUAUCGGUUUAGGAAUCUACUUGAUGAGACUGUGGUUGUGGACAGUCCAAGAGAUAUCGUUCUGAGCCUCAUCAGGAAGCUGAAUCCAGCUGUUUUUAUAACGGGGUGUGUAAAUGGUUCCUAUAAUGCCCCCUUCUUUAUCUCGCGAUUCAGGGAGGCACUUUUUCACUAUUCGUCUUUGUUUGAUAUGCUCGAAGCUAACAUCCCCCGAGAAAUUCACGAGAGGAUGCUGCUCGAGAAGACUAUAUUUGGUCGGGAAGCAAUGAAUGUCAUUGCGUGUGAAGGUGCUGAGAGGAUUGAGCGGCCCGAGAUAUAUAGGCAGUGUCAGGUUCGACACAUGAGGGCAGGGUUUCGCCAACUUCCUCUGAACGAUGAAAUAAUGCAAAUGUCAAGAGACCGUGUCAAGGCAUACCACAAAGACUUUAUAAUCGACCAGGAUGGAAAAUGGCUGCUUCAAGGAUGGAAAGGGCGUGUUAUAUAUGCACUCUCGACAUGGAAAGCAGCUUAUUAAACAUGUCCAUAUCACCCAUGCUCGGCUUCUAAUCCCCAUUCAUUUACAACUUUCAGAAGCUGAGGUAUCGACUUUAUUUUUGGCUCUCAUUGUUUGCGAUUAGGAAAUUUUCGCUUUCUGAACAUUGCAUUGCUUCUGAGUUCUGAGGCAGAGAAUGCCUAGCAGAAGCUGACCUUGAAAGCGCGUUUAUUUUGCCCUCAGGUGUCGAGAUUUCGCUGUGGACUGCCUACCAUAACUGGAAACAAAAACAGUUUAAUUUAUUGCCUUAUUAGUUGACCAUUUUAAAUGAACUUUAAUUAGCAAACAGAGAAUUAUUAUGACAGACAGUGUUGCAGGAAUGGGUUUCUUAGCUUAUUGUAUGCAUGUUUACUAUAUAUGCUUCCAUAUAUGGCUAAUGAUCAUGUUAGUGAAAUGAUAUAGCUGUAAAUGAUGUACUAAACAUGAAGUUUCAUUACUAGAUUCAAGGAAUGGACUAAUGUUCAUUUACUCUGAUCUAGUAGUGUUUUGAAUGGUAUAGACUGCAUUCAUUUACUUCAA